GCUCAAUCCAUUAAAGAUAAAGUGGUCUUUAACUCUAUCCAUUCCUGUCCACAACUUUGGAUACGGAUACGGAGGCGCAGACGAUGGGGGUAGUGAUUCUUCAUUAUUCGACAAUCCCAUCAGUGGCACUUAGCUGUAAUUCUCAUCAACACUACAAACUCCAAACUCUGAAACCGGUGAACUGUAGCCUCCACCGGCAAUGGCAGAAGCCGAGGACGAGGGCCAGAGUGCCACCAUUUACGACAAGUCGUACAAGAGUGAGACCCGUAUCCGCCGCAGCUGUUCCGCUGCCUCAGCAACCACUGGACCUGACCGAGGACAACGUCAGGCAUAUUCUGGCCGAAGCCCGAGUAGAGCUUUCGCAGCUCUUUGACGAUUCAGUUGGCAUUACAGGACAAGUUGAUCUGGCGGAAUUGGAUGGACCCUUUGUGAAGAUUAGUCUCAAGGGUCGGUUUUGGCACAAACGUAGCACAGUUGUUGCUAGACUGGGUAAUUAUCUCAAGCAGAGAAUUCCUGAAAUCUUGGAGGUAGAUAUAGAAGAUGAGAAACAAUUGGAUGACAGUCCCGCAAACUUCUGAUAAGUACUCUUUCGCUACAGUUUACUGUAUUUUUUUUUUUUGAAAUGUCAAGUAGAUAACUGUGUUAAAGAAGAAUUGUUCUUGCUGGUUAUUGAACCAUUAAAAGGAGAAUUGAAUAAAUUUUACUUUGUCAUGUACUUUCUCUAUUGGAAUGAAUCAUGUUCAUUUUUCUC